GACACGAUGCGCCCCGCCCUCUGAGCGGCCGCCCCGCCUCCCAUUCAUUCUGCUGGCGCCGCUGCUACGUGGAGGUGACACGUUCCCUGACUGAGCGUCACGUGACAGGUGCCUGACAGAAGCAUGUGACAGGUCCCGUGACAGGAGAGCUAGUUAGUGCAGUUUUGUUGUUGUCAUGGCCGCUGCCGGCUCCCUCCUGCUGCUGCUGUGCCUGGCUGCCCCCCUGCCCGCCGGGGCCUCUACGAAAUAUGCCCCCAACUGGGAGUCCCUGGACGCGCGGCCCCUGCCGCCCUGGUUCGAUGAAGCCAAGUUCGGCAUCUUCCUGCACUGGGGCGUCUUCUCCGUGCCCUCGUUCGGCAGCGAGUGGUUCUGGUGGAACUGGCGGCAUGAGCGCAACCCGCAGUACUUGCAGUUCAUGAACAAGAGCUACCCGCCCGGCUUCACCUACGCCGACUUCGCCCCGCACUUCACCGCCGAAUUCUUCGAUCCGGACUCCUGGGCAGAGCUGUUUGAGGCAGCCGGGGCUCGGUAUGUAGUCUUAACCACAAAGCACCAUGAAGGUUUCACUAACUGGGGUUCUCCUGUGUCCUGGAACUGGAAUUCUGUGGACACUGGGCCGCAUCGUGAUCUGGUGGGAGAUUUGGGAGAGGCGCUGAAAAAAAGAAAUCUGCGCUAUGGAUUAUAUCAUUCAUUGCUGGAGUGGUUUCAUCCUCUUUAUUUACUUGACAAACAAAAUGAAUUCAAAACACAAUAUUUUGUGUUCACAAAGACCAUGCCGGAACUGUAUGACCUAGUAACAAGGUACCAACCAGAUUUAAUUUGGUCUGAUGGAGAUUGGGAAUCACCAGAUACAUACUGGAACUCUACAGAGUUCCUGGCCUGGCUCUACAAUUCUAGCCCCAUCAAGGACAAAGUUGUGGUGAAUGACCGGUGGGGAAAAAAUUGUUCUUGCUACCAUGGAGGUUAUUAUAACUGUGCUGAUAAAUUUACCCCAUCUACACUGCCAAACCACAAAUGGGAGAAGUGUACUUCUGUAGACCAUUAUUCCUGGGGUUACAGACGCAACAUGCAAGUCAACCAGAUGAUGGAUGAAGGAAGCAUAAUUUCGGAACUGGUGCAGACUGUGAGUUAUGGAGGAAACUAUCUCUUGAAUGUGGGACCCAGCAAGGAUGGCUUGAUCAUGCCCAUUUUUCAAGAAAGGCUUCGAAAUGUUGGGAAGUGGAUGAAUAUUAAUGGAGAAGCAAUUUAUGCGACUAAACCUUGGAGGGUUCAAACAGAAAAAACUACAGUGGACAUCUGGUACACUGCCAAAGAUCCCAUUGUAUAUGGUAUCUUCUUAAAAUGGCCUGAAGGGAAUAUCCUUGGGAUGGGUUCCCCAAAACCCUCCGCCUCUGCUAAUGUGACACUGUUGGGGCUCUCUGGGAAGUUGGCCUGGAAACUUGACCCAAAGGUAGGGCUCGUUGUUCAGCUGCCACCCAUCCCUCCUGGAGGUUUCCCUGUGGAGUAUGGCUGGACUCUGAAACUGGAAGGAGUAAAUUAGCCAUUCUAAAGAAGUCGAAUGUGUUGAGCAGUAAACUGCUAUCGGAAUCCCACAAUGAUCAGCCUGUACAGCUUGAUGUUGGACCUUUCAUGCAAUCAAGAACAUUUUAAAGACACUAUUAAAAAGUAAAUCAUUUGACUACAUGUUUCUGUUGAGUAGGAUGUUACUGUAUGAGCUGACCUUCGACUGUUUCUACAUGGAACAGAAUCUGUGGUUUUGCACUAUUAAUAUAAAAUUCAGGGAUUCUCAGAUGAUGGGGUUUUAUAACCUGCUAGAUGAUUAAGGGAAUUAUGUUCUAUGUAUUUGUGCCUUCUGUCCCACAUAUGUUUGACAGUAACAAUGUAUCCACUUAGUAUACAUAGUCAUAGUCCUUAUAGCGGUGAUUUUCAACCUUUUUUUAAAUUGCGGCAUGCUGAAAAAGUUGUAACAAAUUUCUAAGGUGUACCAGCCGGCUGUGUGACCUAUGCUGUUACGCCGCCUUGUCUCUGCACUGCCUGAUCCACUCAGAAGAGCCCAGCGCUGUCCGGGCCUGAAGUUAACUGGCACUGCAGCCCUCGAGCUGGCGCUGUGUGCACUGGUGGGCAUGGCUGUUUUUUCCAGCAUACGUGAAUAUUGCUGUAAAGUGAGGUUAUACUUCAGAUACAUUAUUCUUCAAACCAUUGCCUUGUUUAAGCACUUUGCCCAUGACUGCAUUGUUUAACCUUAAACUGUUAUGCCUUUUAUUAUAGCUAUAGUUUUUUGCAGUGAAAAGAUUUGUUCACUGUGAUUAAGCUUGUUGUGCCUGGAUGGUUUGAGGGAGGUGGAGGGUGAGGUGUAAUUAUCAAAGACUUUGAUUUAUUUUAUUAGCUGACCACUGAACAAAUUCUUUAGUUGGUCACUAUGUAUUGUACUAAAAAGGGGUUCAAAUAUCUAUUUUUUUAAAAUUCAACGAAUUCCUAAUAAAUGAUUGUUUAAACA